UACUACUGCAUUGAAGUUUGGCAGGAAAGAAAAAAUUCACGUGAGGCGUACAUGGGAUUUUUCUCCGUUAAAAACUGACGGAGGCUGGGUCAUAAAUGCAACGUUUUGCCAAAAGAUGUGGACUACUAAUGCUGCAUAUAAAAGAAAUAGGACCAUUUUGCCAAAAAUAUUGGACUAUUUUGGACACCAUCCAACAAUUUCCAAUCGGGCAAUGUCACAAAUGCCCAGCCCAAACCCAAACCCAAACCCAAACCCAAACGCAAUCCCAAGCCCAACUUACGACGUGAUAAUUUUAGGUGCUUCAGGUUUUACAGGCAAAUACGUCAUUAGAGAAGCUCUUAAAUUCCUCAACGUUCCUUCUUCCCCCUUGAAGAACUUCGCCAUUGCAGGCCGUAACACUUCCAAACUUUCCCAGGCUUUGCAAUGGGCCUCCGGCCCAAACUCGCCACCCGAAAUCCCGAUUCUCAUCGCCGACACCACCGACCCGGCUUCACUCCGUCACCUCGCCUCCCAGACUAAGAUCAUCCUCAACUGUGUCGGACCAUUUCGUCUUUAUGGAGAACCUGUCGUUGAGGCCUGUGUUGAUUCUGGGUGCGAUUACUUGGAUAUAUGUGGAGAGCCGGAGUUUAUGGAGAGGAUGGAGGUGAAGUACCAUGAUAAGGCUGUGGUGAAUGGAUCGUUAGCUGUUUCGGCGUGUGGAUUUGAUUAUAUUCCUGCUGAAUUAGGCUGGAUGUUUAAUUCGAGACAGUGGAUGCCGCCGGCAAUUUGCUGUAAGGUUGAGGCCUACAUUAGUCUAGAAUCGGACAAGAGAAUUGUUGGAAAUUUGGGGACGUACGAGUCAGCAGUGCUUGGUGUGGCUAAUGCGGACAAAUUACAGGAACUAAGGCGCUCCAGACCCAAGAGGCCUCGUCCUGUGAUUCCUGGUACUUUUCCUAAUGGUCCAAUGGUCAAUCACCUAAAGAAAGUUGGGCUUUGGGCUGUAAAGUUACCAUCAGCAGAUGCAACUGUGGUAUGGAGAACACUUUCAUGUUUGGCUGAAGAUUCCCGUGGUUUACCUGGUGUUAAUGAAAGCACCGAACAGAUUGAGAAGAGGGAGGCAUUUUGGUCUACCAUAAAGCCAGCUCACUUUGGUAUGAAUAUAACUUCGAAUUCUCUGUUAGGUGUUGUUCGUUUCAUUACAUUCAUUGCUCUUUUUGGUAAAACUGGUAUAGGGAGGUUGCUGCUCUUGAACUUCCCUUCAGUGUUCAGUCUUGGAUUUUUCAGGAAAAAGGGUCCAACUAAGGAUGAAGUGGCAAGUGCUACCUUUAAGAUGUGGUUUGUUGGACAGGGGUUUAGUGAUGGCAGCCUUGCGUCACAAGGAAACAGGAAACCUGAUAUGGAGAUAAUUACAAGAGUAAUGGGACCUGAGAUUGGUUAUUUGACAACUCCAAUCAUUCUAGUCCAGUGUGCCCUUAUUUUGCUCAAUGAACGAGACAAUCUUCCAAAAGGAGGUGUUUUUCCUCCUGGGAUUGUGUUUGGCCCGACAGACCUCCAAGACAGGCUUCAACAGAAUGGAAUAUCUUUUGAUGUUAUUUCAAAGAAACCUGUCUACCGAAAUGGUUGUCCAUCUAACCAAGAAAGGGAAGCGCAUUUUCCAGGGUCUUCGUAGGGCUUGAAAGGUCCAAUUGGCAGAAAC